ACAUGAAUGUGAAAGAUAACUUUUGAUAAAGAUUAUUUUAAGUUGGGUGAAACCCUUAGGAAGUGAUUUUACACAUUUCUGUAUUUUUAAAAAUAUAUAUUUAUUUAUUUAAUUUGCCUGCUCCGGGUCUUAGUUGCCACAUGCGGGAUCUUCCUUGCUUCGUGUUUAGUUGCGGCAUGUUUAGUUGUGGCAGUGAAUAGGAGUUGAAAUUGGAUAUAGCCUUGAAAAAAAUUCUUUAAAGAAGUUUUCCUCAGGAGGGUGGCCAAGAGAGAAAAGGUUCCAUCAAGGUAACAUCAUUUCAAGAUGAGAGAUACUGGGACGCAUUACAAGCCAGGGAGCGAUCCAAUAAUGAGGGCCAGAUUGAGGAUAGUAGAGAAUGAGGGAAUAACAGAAGAAGUAAUGCGCUUGAGAAUGUAAGAGGCCUUGGGAUCCCAAGUAGAAGUAGAGGGAUUGCCCAUUGAUAGGAGGAACGCUCUGUCCACUGCUGAAAAAAGUGGAGAGAGGUUAUAAAAUGGGGAGGAGAUAUUAGUGGUUUUGUAGAUUUAGUCAUGGCAUGAUGAGGAAGUUCUUUUCUGACAGCGUCCAUUUUCUCAGUUGAGCCAGAAAAAAAGGAGGAGAGGUUGUUUUCCAAAGAGUGAAAAAUUCCGUAAGCUAACAAGGGACGCCUUGGUUUGGGCAACUGCAGUUUUGUUUAUACUAAGUGCGUGUGUCGGACUUGGGUCGGCGUGUCGAACUUGGGUCGGCGUGUCGAGAGAGAGGGAGGGAGGGGAAGGGGGAGGGGGAGAGACAGAGAGAGACAGAGGAGCCGGAGCAUUUAGUCUGGGCUAGAUUACGAAGACUCCCUGUUUUCCAAACUCUAAGGCAAAGGAGCAAAAGCGCCUCACGCGCAGUGCGCCGGAGGGACUGCCCGCGCAGGUCACUUGGGACCUCGGCUGGUCGGCGCAUGCGCGCGGCGCCACGCGGCCUCGCGCUCCUUUUCCCCCGGUGUGUUGCUCCGGGUUCCCCUGAAUUCACCUGGCGGCAGUUUGAGGUCUCUGCGCUCGGGAUGGAGCAGGUGGACGAACUGGAGCUGUUAAUGGAGAAGAGUUUCGGAGAUAACGCUGCGCAGCCGGCGGAGCUAUUUCAGAAGAAGAAGGUGGAAGCUUCCUUUUCUAAAGCAGUUCUGAGCCGAGGAAUGGAUAACCGGUACCUGGUAUUAGCAGUCAAUAUUGUACAGAAUGAAGAAGGAAACCAUGAAAAGCACCUAAUCAUCACUGCUUCACAGUCGCUAGAAUGUAAAGAACUGUGUAUCCUUAGGAAUGACUGGUGCUCUGUACCAGUAGAGCCAGGGGACAUUAUUCAUUUAGAGGGAGACUGCAUAUCCGAUACUUGGAUAAUAGAUGAAGAUUUUGGAUAUUUGAUUCUGUAUCCAGACAUGCUGAUUUCUGGCACAAGCAUAGCCAGUAGUAUUCGAUGCAUGAGAAGGGCUGUCCUGAGUGAAACAUUUAAGAGCUCUGAUCCAGCCACACGCCAAAUGCUGAUUGGUACCGUUCUCCAUGAAGUAUUUCAAAAAGCAAUAAGUGAUAGUUUUGCCCCAGGAAAGCUACAAGAACUUGCUUUUCAAACUGUUCAAGAAAUAAGGCAUCUGAAGGAAAUGUACCGCCUAAAUCUGAAUCAAGAUGAAAUAAAACAAGAAGUAGAGGAGUAUCUUCCUUCAUUUUCUAAAUGGGCUGGAGAUUUCAUGCAUAAACAUACUUCAACUGACUUCCCUCAGAUGCAGCUGUCUCUGCCAAGUGAUGGUAGUAACGGUAAUUCAACAUGUAAUAUCGAAGUUAUAAACUCACUGGAUAUUGAAGAAAGCAUUUGGUCUCCUAGGUUUGGAUUGAAGGGCAAAAUAGAUGUUACAGUUGGCGUGAAGAUACAUCGAGGAUGUAAAACGAAAUAUAAGAUAAUGCCACUGGAACUUAAAACUGGCAAAGAAUCAAAUUCUAUUGAACACCGUAGUCAGCUUGUUCUGUACACACUGCUAAGCCAAGAGAGGAGAGCUGAUCCAGAGGCUGGCCUGCUCCUCUACCUGAAGACCGGCCAGAUGUAUCCUGUACCUGCCAACCAUCUCGAUAAAAGAGAAUUAUUAAGGCUAAGAAACCAGAUGGCAUUCUCUUUGUUUCACCGUAUUAACAAAUCUGCUACUGGAGAGGAGAAGACAAAGCUUGCUCCUUUGCCACAAAUAAUUGAGGAACAGCAAACCUGUAAAUAUUGUUCACAGAUGGGCAACUGUGCUCUUUAUAGCAGAGCGGUUGAACAACAGAUGGAUGACAGUUCAGUCCCGACCAGCAUGCAGCCCAAAAUAAAAGAAGAAACCCAGCAUCUAAAACUUACACACUUAGAGUAUUUCAGCCUUUGGUGUCUUAUGUUAACCCUGGAGUCACAGUCAAAGCAUAAUAAAAAAAAUUACCAAACUAUAUGGUUAACGCCUGCUUCAGAUAUGGAGGAGAGUGGCAGCUGCAUUGGGAACCUGAUUAGAACAGAACAUGUAAAGACAGUUUGUGAUGGACAAUAUUUACAUAAUUUCCAACAUAAAAAUGGUGUCAUGCCUGUCACAAACCUAAUGGCAGGUGACAGAAUUAUUUUAAGUGGAGAAGAGAGGACAUUGUUUGCUUUGUCUAGGGGGUACAUGAAGGAGAUUAACAUGACAACUGUAACCUGUUUAUUAGACAGGAACUUGUCAGGACUCCCAGAAUCAACUUUGUUCAGAUUGGACCAGGAAGAAAAACAUUGUAAUAUAGAUACCCCAUUAGGAAAUCUUUCUAAACUGAUGGAAAAUACUUAUGCCAGUCAAAAACUUCGAGAUUUAAUCAUUGACUUUCGCGAACCGCAGUUUAUAUCCUACCUCAGUUCUGUUCUUCCACAUGAUGCAAAGGACACAGUUGCCUGCAUUCUAAAAGGUUUGAAUAAGCCUCAAAGGCAAGCCAUGAAAAAGGUACUUCUUUCAAAAGACUACACCCUCAUCGUGGGUAUGCCUGGAACAGGAAAAACAACUACAAUAUGUACUCUUGUAAGAAUUCUCUAUGCCUGUGGUUUUAGUGUUUUGUUGACCAGCUAUACACACUCGGCUGUUGACAAUAUUCUUUUGAAGUUAGCAAAGUUUAAAAUUGGAUUUUUGCGCUUGGGUCAGACUCAGAAGGUACAUCCAGAUAUCCAGAAAUUUACAGAGGAGGAUAUUUGCAGAUCAAAAUCCAUUAGAUCCUUAGCUCUUCUAGAAGAACUCUACAAUAGUCAACUUAUAGUUGCAACAACAUGUAUGGGAGUAAACCAUCCCAUAUUUUCUCGUAAAACUUUUGAUUUUUGUAUAGUGGAUGAAGCCUCUCAAAUUAGCCAACCAGUUUGCCUAGGGCCACUUUUUUUUUCACGGAGAUUUGUGUUGGUGGGGGAUCAUCAGCAGCUUCCUCCCCUGGUACUAAACUGCGAAGCAAGAGCUCUUGGCAUGAGUGAAAGCUUAUUCAAGAGGCUGGAACAGAAUAAGAAUGCUGUCGUACAGUUAACCGUGCAGUACAGAAUGAACAGCAAAAUUAUGUCCUUAAGUAAUAAACUGACAUACGAAGGAAAGCUGGAGUGUGGAUCAGACAAAGUGGCCAAUGCAGUGAUAAACCUACCUAACUUUAAAGAUGUAAAGCUGGAACUGGAGUUUUAUGCUGAUUAUUCUGAAAAUCCUUGGCUUGUUGAAGUUUUCGAGCCAAAAAGUCCUGUUUGUUUCCUUAACACAGACAAGGUUCCAGCACCAGAACAAGUUGAAAUGGGAGGUGUCAGUAAUAUAACAGAAGCCAAACUCGUUGUUUUCCUGACCUCAAUUUUUAUUAAGGCUGGUUGUAAUCCCUCUGAUAUUGGUAUCAUUGCACCAUACCGGCAACAGUUAAAAGUCAUCAAUGAUUUAUUGGCACAUUCUUCUCUUGGGAUGGUCGAAGUUAAUACAGUAGACAAAUACCAAGGAAGAGACAAAAGUAUCAUUCUAGUAUCUUUUGUUAGAAGUAAUGAAGAUGGAACUCUUGGUGAACUAUUGAAAGAUUGGCGGCGUCUUAAUGUUGCUAUAACCAGAGCCAAACAUAAGCUGAUUCUCCUGGGAUGUGUGCCCUCACUAAACCGCUAUCCUCCUUUGGGGAAGCUACUUUAUCAUCUAAACUCAGAAAAAUUAAUCAUUGAUCUUCCAUCAGGAGAACAUGAAAGUCUUUGUCAUAUAUUGGGUGAUUUUCAAAGAAGAUAAAGCACUGUUUUCCUUGCUUUUUCCAAACCAUCAUGAUCUUCUCUAACUGUUGCCUAUUUAUAAUUCGGAUAUGCUGUAAAAUCAGUGCCUGGUUACACUGUGAAGAUAACUUUUAUCCCAAGGGUAAGAAAUGAUGUAAAUAUACUCUUUCAGAGUUCCAGUUUUUUUGUUUUAUUUAUUUUUUGGUAUAACCUUGUUAAGCAUAAAGUUCUAUUACCAUACAAAAUUUAACAUAGUAUUUUUUUAGUACAGGUGAACCAAAACUGAAAAGUCUAAAUUUAUAGGUAUUAUAAAUGUGGUUUUGUAUGAUCUAGAGUUUGAUAAAUUUCUACCACCUUUUAAAGCUGGGAUGAAUUUUUCAAUCUGAGGCUUAAACCUUUAAGUCUAAAUUUUCAAGAUUAAUUUGAUCUUUUAGAUUUUUAAUCAUAUUUUGUUUAUUCGAAAGAUUAGGUAAGAAAAUUGAUUGCUUUUGUCAUUUAAGGACAAUCUUGUGAUGAUGAGAACAUAAGUAAGACGUUUUUCUGUAUUUUGAGGUCCCUGAUUCAAAGGCCAUUCUGCUGGUUUUUUUCCUGACUUUUGCUUUCUCCUAUCAGAGAUGUUUUCACUUUAAACCUAGUCUUUUAAAUUAUCACUGAUAAAUGUAUUAUUUCCAGUUAAUUUCUGAUUCUCCUUACUCUCCCACUUGUUAUUUUCACUUUUCAGUAUUCUAGUGAAAGGAAAUAAUUCCUACUGUUCUUUUGAGAAGAAAUUUUGUUUGCUGAAUUGAUGACAAAUUAAAAAGGUGUAUUCCUAUUUUCACUUAUUCAUGUUCAUAUGCCCCUUAGUUUUAGGGCAUUUCUCAAUUUUCUCUUCUGGUAUAAAAAUGUUUUGUAAAACAGUUACCUCAAAGUGCUUGAUUACUUAUAUUGUGACCAAUUUUAACCUUAGUGUAUCCAUCUUUGGCAGGGAGAUCUCUCACUUCUCUCAAAUGUUUUCUUUUUAAUGAAUGUUAAGUAUGUUAAAAAUUGCUGCCUCUACCUCACAUGUUUUAAAGAAAUUAUUACUUGAAGAUUUUAUUAAAUAAAUUGUUCUCUUACUGUUAGAUCUUACAGUGUCAAUUAUUAAUACUAAAUAAUAAUUAAGUUCAGGGUUGUCCACAAUUUUUUCCAGUGUUGAGAACUGAAAUAUUGAUAAUGCUCUAAAGCUGAAACCAAGGAGUGUUGACAUUAUAAAGAGAUUUAUGAAGGACACACAGGAUGGAGUUGAUCAUGGAGAUACUAUGGAUUAGACAGGAAAAACUAGGAAGUUUACAGAGAUAAGGCUUAAAUAUUGGUUAGAUAUUCCUGGGAGUGAGAUGAAUAAUGUAAAUUCUUUUGGUUCCAUCAGUGGUUGCUUUACAGAUUUGUAUGGCCUGCAAAG